CUCGGCAUCGCAAUGAUUUGUGAGGCGUGCAGAAACAUCAACACCAAUCGCCAUGGGUGGGUGCACCACCGCAUGUGCCAUACUUUCAAGCGCUCUGUCAACCAAGGAUGCUACAUCUGUAAUCGUCUUUGGGCGUCUCUGACCUACGAUCAACAAUGCAUUGCUUCGUCUCUCGCUGAUGACGUUCGCUCCCCGUCUAUAGACGACGUUUUAACCGUGGCACGCUUCGAAGCAGAUGGCCCGGACGUUCCUUUGGGAUGCGACCAAGUCAAAGCAACAGGAAACAAAUUCAAACUUUCCGGGAGCACGAAGUCUGCUGAGACUUUGUCUCUUGCGAGAAAGUGGAUUGAAGAAUGUACAAUAAAACAUCAGCGGUGCGGGACACUCUCAGCAGGCCACGGUUGGUAUCCAACGCGACUUCUUGAUACUGGUCCUCUCAAAUUCCCAGAAUCAUGCCAAUUGAUUGAGACCCAAGCGGCUUCACUGAAUGGCUCUUAUAUAACGCUGAGCCACUGCUGGGGGGCUGCCGACUGUUUGAAACUGACAACUGACAAUUACGCCCAACUGCUUCAGGGCAUUUCUCUUUCUCAACUUCCCUUGCUAUAUCGGGACGCCGUAUAUGUUGCCCGUAAAUUGGACGUUAGAUACAUAUGGAUCGAUUCUCUCUGUAUCAUCCAGGAAGGAGACGAACGAGCAGACUGGCUAAGGGAGGCCAAGGUGAUGGGAGAGAUAUAUUCCAAGUCAUUCUGCACCAUCUCCGCUGCCAACGCGCCGGAUGGUAACCAUCCUCUCUUCCACUGGCGCAAUCCCGAAGCCCAUCACCCUCGAGCGGAAAACUUUAUUGUAGACGGGGAAGAAAGAUCGUAUUUCGUCUCUGAUCAGAGGUUUUGGGAAAAGGAGGUCUCGCGGGCUCUGAUCAACACUCGCGGGUGGGUCCUUCAAGAGCGAUACUUGUCUACCCGCGUGCUGUACUUCGGAGAGAGACAGAUUCUAUGGGAGUGCCGGGAAAUGGACGCUGCCGAGAUCUACCCAAAUGGUCUGCCUCGAACAAUUUUUUCCGAGUUCACAAGACUCAAAGAUACAUUGCCGACCCACCAAAUCAUGAAAAACGAUUCCGACGAAAGCAUUGCAGCAUAUGUUGCCUGGUCCAACAUUUCACGCGCCUACACUGCCAGUAAUUUGACGUUCCGUGGUGAUAAGCUCAUUGCUUUGUCAGCUGUUGCGAAGGUGAUGAGGGACAUCCUGCGCGACGACUAUGUUGCAGGCAUGUGGCGUCGGCAUCUAGAGCGGGAACUGGUCUGGUGCAUAAGAAUCCCCGCGGAACCACGGACCAAUGUGUAUCGUGCUCCAAGCUGGUCGUGGGCAGCGGUCGAUAGUGAGAUUACCCCUGGAAAGGUAGAUGCCAUCUCCAUCAACAUGCUAUUCGAGGUAGUCGACCUGCACCUCGAUUACUCAACAGAUGAUAGUACGAAUCUGAUUCACGGCGGCUGGCUGCGAUUGCGAGGGGUAUUGAAACAAUUGAUACUAAAUCGCCCCGAGUCGUACUCAACCCGAAGACCAAGGUGGGCAUCUCAAUGGGAGAUGGUCGUUAACGGAGUUGAAGCCAGUGUACGGUUACCAACGGUCUCUUCGACGGAAUAUAUACAACCUUACAUCAGACUCGAUUAUUUCCACGAUAAUUUCGAAGAGGAGAAUGCAAAUCAAGCUUUGUUCUGCAUGCCGGCGAUGGAGGAUCAACAUGAUGGUGGGGUGAUUCUGGCCUUUGUAUUGAAGGUGGAUGAUGUCGAAAAAGGAAUCUAUCGACGCAUCGGACUUGUUUGGGGAUGGGGCGAAGUAGUCAAGGAAAGAAUCAAGGCUCGCAGCGAGACCGAGGGCCAACUCCCAUGCGAGGAAUACAAAGAUGGACUGCAUAUGAUACGCGUCAUCUGACAGGCCAGGAACAAACGGAAGGUGUUCAGUAUUUGGGGUGAGGCGAUCGCGGGCACGAACCCAUUCGCAGCACUCCCCCAAAACCCCACAAAAUCAUUCCAUCCCACUCCAAUCCAUCUUCCUAGCGAAGAACGCGAGGCUAUGUAAAAAGCACAACAACAACAACAACAACAACAACAACAACAACAACAACAACAACACAGCGAACAAAACUCCACAGCUAUCUUACAAACCUUCCCACCUCCUUCCCCUCCCCCCCAAAAAAAAACCCCAGAAAUAGAUCUUAUUAAAUUUGACUCCACGACACAAUGUAUACCUAGAUU